AUAAGCUGGAAUAGGAAGUUGCUCAACUUGUGAUGAGGAUUUUCCUUUCUAGAGGGAGGAAGAGAAGUACAAAGCAAGAGCGAUGGCGGGAGCUUCCAUAUCUUCUUCUUGUUGGAGCUUAACUGGAAAAUUCAAAACCCUUUCUCUCAAUCCCUCUCACCCAAAUUCUGCUGCUUUCAACCCCCUAAGCUUUUCUGCUAACACUUCGGUCAAUCUAUUUUCCAAAGUUGCAGGAAAUGUUUCACUGACUCCUCUGCAGCGGCCGUCACGUCGUUCAAUUGUUUGUGAAGCUGCUCCAACGAAAAAAGCAGAUUCAGCUGCCAAAAGGGCACGCCAAGCUGAGAAGAGGAGGAUUUACAACAAAGCUCGAAAAUCUGAGGUCAAAACUCGGAUGAAGAAGGUUUUGGAAGAAUUGGACAUGCUGAGGAAGAAACCAGAUGCACAGCCAGAGGAAGUUCUUACUAUCGAGAAGUUGAUUGCAGAAGCAUAUUCAGUAAUUGAUAAAGCAGUCAAAGUAGGAACGCUUCACAGGAACACAGGAGCAAGAAGAAAAUCACGUCUUGCAAGAAGAAAGAAAGCAGUUGAGAUCCAUCACGGCUGGUAUGUACCAUCUCCAGCCGCUGAACCUGCUUCUGCAGCAACAGUUUAAUCUAUUCCUUGUUGAAUGUAAACCACUGGCACCUUGAGUAAGAUAUAUGAAUUAUUUUAUUAUUACUCCACCUUGUUUGUGCAAUUACUAUCCUUUUCUGUUGUAGCACUGCAAUGGCAAUGCGCUUUUAUGUGUUAA